ACGAUGACACGAGGCCGUGGAUCCAUUCUGCAUCCAUUCCGCAAACAAGAAUCUCAAGACUACAUGUCGACGAGCACAAGACACUCAGAUGAGAGAUUUACACCGAUGUUUUUCUCAUUCUCUGCUUUAUACACUGCCGUGCAUUACAGCAUUUACAGCUAAUUCCAAGCGCAGAUCUGAUGCAUCGAUAGAUAGCAUGUACUGCAAUGGUUAUGAGAGCCUAAGGUCUCAGUGGGUAGCCUACUGGGGCAGGAAUGAUAUUCAUGAUACUGUCUGUAUCUAGAUAUUCUAGAAUCAUUAAUCCAAUCACAACUCUUAAGUCAAGUCAAGUU